AUGUAUUCAAAUAAUGGCACCUGUUUCGUUGGAGCGAAUAAUGAGCUUGAGCAACUCGGGAGGUUUUUGACUAACGAGUCACAGAACUUGUCAGAAACAAUUGCAAAUAUGGGCGUCUCGUGGCAUUUCAUUCCAGCUUAUUCUCCUCAUUUUGAUGGAAUCUGGGAAGCUGGAGUGAGGUCUACGAAAUACCACCUAAAACGUGUUGCGGGCAACAAUGUUCUAACUGUCGAGGAAUUUUAUACCCUACUGGUUCAAGAAGAGGGUUUGCCCAAUUCCCGACCCCUGACGCCCCUUUUUUCCGACCCUAAUGAUUUUUCUCCUCUGACUCCUGCUCAUUUUCUGAUCGGACGGCCAAUUAAUUCUGUUGCUGAUCCAGAUUUAUCUCACCUGCCAGAAAACAGACUCUAG